AAUGGCUGAGGCCCACUGAUUCAGUCAUCCCUUCCACCCCUCACUACCGCCCUCCUAAACGUCGCUGCCCUUCACUUCAGUCACCAUGACUUCCACUAGCCAACUGCUGGGUUUGGCUGAGGUGGGGCUGAGGUGUGACCAGGAGAUUGAGAGGAGAUAUGAGAUUGUGCCCUCGGUGGUCUGCUCCAUGUGCUGCCUCUUUGGAAUUAUCUACUGCUUCUUUGGCUAUCGAUGCUUCAAGGCCGUAUUGUUCCUCACAGGCCUAAUGUUUGGCUCUGUGGUCAUCUUCAUGCUGUGCUACAAGGAGAGGGUGAUGGACACUCAGCUGAGCGUAGAGGCAUCAGUGGGCAUCGGUCUGGGCAUCGGGACCCUGUGUGGCCUGGUGACCAUGUUGGUUCGCAGUGUGGGACUUUUUAUGGUGGGCCUGCUGCUCGGCCUGCUGGUUGGAGUGGCUUCACUGGUGGUUAUGGAAGAGUUCUACCACCCCAAAACAGUGUGGGUUCCUCUGGGUAUUCUCCUGGGCUCUGGGACGUUAUUUGCCGUCCUCACUCUUCAAUGGCAACGCUGCUUUGUCACCUUGUCCACCGCCACAUUCGGCUCUGCCAUCAUCACCGUCACCGUGGAUUACUUUAUAGAGCUGUUCGCCUUGGUGCACUACGUCUAUGAGAGACUCAGGGUGGCACCAAAGAAGCCAGUGUGCUGGUUUACUUGGGUUAUCUUGGGGGUGUGGCCAGUCCUGGCCCUCCUCGGAGUGCUGAUCCAAUGGAAAGUCACUGCAGAGGGAUUUUCUCACACAGAGGUGGUUUUGAGUCGACAGCAACGGAGGGUCCAGCUCAUGCGCAUCCGGCAGCGGGAAGAGAGGCUGAAAAAGGAGAAGGAGAACAAGAAGAAGAAAAAAAGACAAACCCAGAAGACCACUCACAAGCAGAAACCACCUAAAGUCCCUCCUCCUCAGACUGAACCCGGCUACCACCGCAAGGCCAACCCUAAAAGACGCUUUGAUGGAGAUGUGCUUUCACCGAGCUACAUCAGGAGCUUCAGGGACAGACAAACAGACAGACGAGCGUACUCCCACAGUCGAAUGAUGAGCCGCUCCCGGAUGGGGGAACUUGACUACGACUGCGGCUCUCAAGUGCCCCUCACGGCCCCCAGCGGACCCCCUGUUCGCAUCUGAGACAGCAGAAUUCACACACACACACAUCCAACCACACACACAAUCACACAUGGCUACUUCAAACCUCUUUGUCACAGUUAGGGAUAGAAAACUUAACCUUACCGUGCCAACCUGAUCAACUGCCUAUUAACCCAACAGGAACUCAGUAUGUCCCAAAGGUGGUCUCACACUGUUUUUGUCCUCUCAGACCUAUUAGAGCUUGUAUUUAUUUGGCCAGUUUGGUCCUUUUCUGUUCUUUAUGAAUGUCAAGACACAAGAGCAGAGCCUCUUCUUUUGGAUGGAACAGGAUGUGGUCAAAUCUCAGA